AAUGCACGAGCGGGUGUGCGUCAAUAGCCCAGUGGGUGUACAAAACAUGGGUUCUUUCACGGUGCACCUUUUGUGUCCAUCGAGUGUCUCUCUUCUCGGAAGUGUAUUAUUCAGUGACCGCUUGCACAGUCGUUUUUGCUAUCGAAAGUAACUAUUUGAAUGGUUUGACUCUUCUCUCUCGUGUGUUUUGUGUGGGUUUUCUGUUCACUUUGUCUGAGGAUUGGAAAGCCGCAUCUUCAGACUGACUUGACUUCAUAAAAUUAUCCUCAACCAACGGGAAUACACCGACCACACAGUAGAAAGAGCUUGUCUUCUGUGACCUAACAGUGUGACUGAACUUAAACAGGAAUGGCAACACAAUAUCGCUCCUUCUCCGCCUAUUGCUGUUCAAGGAUGGCGACCCAGUGAGGAGAGGUUGUGGUCAUAAACAAAGCUCACAGUUGCUGUUGGAACAAUGGAAAAGUCGGACACGUCUCUUAGGAGCUUACUGUUUUCUGAUAACUCUGACUUGGGCGCAUCGCUGAGCAGCGCAACUGAAAAGAAACACGGGCCUCCUGAAGGUGCGAUAUAUGCUUCUCCUCAUACUUCUGAAGUAGGCAACAUCCGGUCUGGGUUCUCACCUUCUCAGAGGAAGGACCUGCACAGCAUCCCCAACAUGUCCAGCUACUCACUAAGCGGCAGCAGAGCCAGCCCACAGAACACCAGCUCCAUGUUUUCUCCUUCUCAUACGCCGUUCAGCUCAAAAAAUCUCCUGGCGAGCCCAGCCGAAUGUCCAACAGCUUCUGCUUAUCACCCAGCUGAAGUACAAUGCAGGGGCUUCCAGGCAGCUUCGGUUUCAUUAUCUCACCUCUCGCCGAAGAUUAAAAGUGAUAGUCCUGCUUCUGUUGUUGCUUCAUACCACCAGACGUCUCAUUCAAGCUCACUGGUCAAUCCUCAGUCCCAGAGCUACAGCAAAGUCUCAGACAUUAAACACAUCUUUUCUUCAGAUGUUCAGUGUUCAAACCCUUCGAUGCUGAAUCAGAAUUCACUUUUUAUGUUGAGUGACACUAACACAGCUGCUCAUGAGGAUAAUAUGAUUCCUAAACUUUCUUGUGCAACGGAGUCAUUUCAUGAAUCAAAUCACCCUUUAGCUGCCCAAAGCCACCAUUCUGGUUUGAGCAAGACUGAUACAUCUUUGUGCAAAUCUGAGACAGGUUUGUCUUUGAACGGUUGUGAAAAUGCUGCUUCCUUCCUUGGCCAACCUUCACAGCCUCAGAGCUGUCAGAAUAUGAGAUCUCUAACCCCAAAAGACUCUUCAUCUACUGUUGUCAACUUUUUCCCCGGAGGUUCGAACUCCUCCAGCUUCACUCCACCCUCUGUGAACAGCAGCAGUAGUGGAGAUGAGAGUUCAGUUUCCACACAUUUUCUUGGGGACCCUGGAGGUGGUCGAGGUGAAGGCAUGAAGCCAAGUUAUCCUGAUUCACUCUUGGCAGGUCAACUGAAGACGGAUGUGAUCCACAGCCAGAUGACACAAUCCACUGCCGGAUCUUUCCUUGAGGAAAACAGUAACAACAAAUCAGACUCUGGCUUCGGUGAUGUGUCCUCUAAUGCAUCUCAAGACUCCCAACACAGUCCUCCCUGCAGCUACGUCGGCCUCACUCCUUGGACCGACAAGCUCACCAUGCCAGAGUUUCAACCUUUACCAUUGCCAGCAUCAGACAUUCUGCCUUUACCUCUGGGCCACGUACCGAACUCGUCUAUAACGGCCUUGUCGGCCGGCCACAUGUCACCGCGGGCAGACAAACAGCAUCAGCCGUUCAGCACUCUCCAACCGGGCUUUGGCCAAGAACUUUGUGCAAAAAUCGCGCACCAGAAACAGACGAGGCCUAGCUCAAUGCCAGGAUCUCAACGGACUGGUGUUAAGACAAUUCCUAACAAGGAGCACCGCUUUAAGCGCACGGCGGAUGCUUUACAUAAAUCUGGUCUCUGGGAAGUGGCCAUGAAGACAGGCAGUCUGAUCAAACGGAACCGAGAACUCCAGAAAGAGUUGGAUCAAUUCAAAGUGGAGGCUCUUAGUUUCCUCAAGUCUGUGAUAAAAAACCCUCAAAACAGAGAUUUCAUUAAAAAUGUGUUGAACAAUGCCCUCUUGUCCAAUCCAACGCCUAAAAAUCGAUCUGUGAUGACGGCUGUUGUAUCAGCGGCUGUCAAACUGGAAGCGGAUACUUUCCCCUCAGAUAUUGUGAAGUGUAAGAUGUCGGUGGCGGAACCAGUGACAGAGGCAAAUAGUGCAUUUGUGUGUACAAAAACAGACUCACAUGUGGCCAUGGAGAUGGAAUGAUUUGUUUUGCAUGGUGGAAGGUUUUUACAAUUCAUAGGGCACUAACUUCAGUUGUUCUCAGAAUAAGAAAGAGAAUUAAUGCUUUCUAUCCGAGUUCCUAUUGCAGAAAAUGGCUAUUUAAUGGUUAGUGUACACAUUGAUCGCUUAGACAAAAAACAACAACAUUUAUGACACUUUCUUCUUCACAUCUACCUAUUUUAGGUACACAAUAAAACAGCAACCUCUCUGUUGUAUGUCAUUUUCUGACCAACAAUUUUCGGAGAAUGCAUUUAGACUAGACUUUUAUUCAGAAGAAUGAACAUGAUAUAAAUGGCUGUAACUUUUUCACUUUCAUAAAACUUUUUUUUGCUUACAGGUUUUUAAAAAAUAGGCUGAUGGUAUUAGGUGCUGUUUAUUUGUUCUUUGUGUUGUGUUGUAAUAAUAUUCCACUUCUCUCUCUCUAACACACGUGGGUGGUUGGGGGGGAUCCACUGGUAGGUCCUACUUCUUUA